AUGGGCAGAAACAAGAAUAACAACAAUAAUGGACCUGAAGCUGCACGUAUGGCAUCGUGGGCAGGCUCCCAGUUUUCGUUAAUGUCCCCCACCCCUGUUGAGCCCAAUCACAAUAACAAGAAGCUUCUUGGAUUUGGUGGCUCUUCUACCAAGGUCCUUACCAUGAUGGAAUCAGGCUUGGAGACAAUUGAGCAUGAUGAUCUUAAGCAAGGUUCACUCUAUAUCGUCAAGAUUAGAAAUGUAUCGGUUGCUCUCUUUGAAGGCUGGGACGAUGACAUGUGCUGCUUUGCUGUGCUUCGAUCGGAUUCAACACCGAUGCGUUGGUCAGAAGCAAGGCAAGUGUUACUCACCCUGGGGCCAAGGGAUAAUGCUAAUAUAACUGGUUAUAGAUAUAUUCCCGGGGACUUUGAUGCUUAUGAUGCAUUUGAUGAAGCUGGCAAUCCACCUGUACACCUAUGGACUCGCCAUCUCCGUGUCAAUGUCCCCAUCAAUUGGUUUUCCAUUUUUGAGGAAGCACGUCGUAAACAAAGAAAUUGGAUGAAUGAACAAAAUGAGGAAGAAUACCAUUAUUAUCCCGUGGAAGAGGAUCAAGUCCCUGCCAACAAUAAGCGUCGCAACAAGAAAAAGCAAGAUGAGGCUGCUGCUGCUGCCAUGAAUACACCUCCAGAAACGGACAAGUCUAGUAGCCGAUCUGGAUCAGGUGAUGAAGAUGCUGGUGACGAGAAUGCUUCAGAAGAUGAACAAGAACACCAUACUGAAAAUGAAGACGAGGAUGAUCAAGAAGAUGCAGCAUCUACUACCUCUGAUACUCCAAAAGUAACCACUCCUGCUGAAUCACCAAAAGCUCCAAAGAGCAACGCCACCACAACCACAACAGCUCCUAUCAAGAACAACCGUGGCCAUAGCCAUACAUCCAAAAAGGAGCAACCUGCUGUUGCUGCUGCCACCCCUACUCCUCAAUCGUACCAGCAGCAGCAGCAGCAGCAGGCUGUGGCACAACCACAACCACCACAACAAGUCAUUAACAAGCCCAUCAACAAGAGUGAGAUCCCUGUUGCAUCAAGUCCCAAAUACUUAAACACACCACCAGCAUCACCUAUCAAUGCUUUGCCUUCUAAUGCUACUGCUGCAGCUAUCCAAGCAACACGCCAACAACAACAACAAUCCUUUGAAAAGAAUAACAACCUCUUUGGAUCAACCGACUUUGCAUUCCCUCACAAUGAGACCCAAUUCUCUAUCCAAAGCAGUGGAUUCUCCGAUUCCGUAUUGUCGACAUCAUCAUCCCUAGGUGGUAUUAAUACAGCAGCACACCAACAACAACAACAACAACGUGCACCCGUUGAUGAUACAGCACCAGCCAAAAGCAAGCGUCGCUCCGUUCAAGGUCUUUUCCGCAAGUAG